AUGUUUCGCCGUUUGUGCCCUUGCAUCCGCCGGCGUGCCGCUGACCGCGAGGAGCGGAAGAAGCUGAAGAAGAACAAGAAGGCGCAGGCUUAUGAUGUCUCUGACACCAUCAACUCAGGCGGCGAGACCACAACUAUUGAUGAGCUGCUGCCCACCACCAACUUGGACAGUGGCGAUGUUAAUGUUGCUGAUGAUUCUCUGGCCCCCACCACCUCGCCUAGUGGAGAUAGCAAUGCUGCUGAGUUGCAGCCCCCCACCUCCUUUUGCAAUGGAGUCAACACUGCCGCCGAUGAACCGUCUCACCCCACUGUCUUCGAAGGCAGUGACAGCACAUCCACUAAUGAACUGCUGACCCCCACUGUCUUGCACAGUGACGAUAUUAUUACUGCUGAAUUGCAGCCCCCCACGACACUGGACUGUGGCAACAAGGCUGCCAACGAUGAACCACCGCAUCCCACCAUCUUGGAUGUUCGCGAUGCCACAUCCACAAGUGAGCCGCUGCCUCCCAGCAACCCUGGCAGUUGCGACACUAAUAUUGAUGUCUUGCACAGUGACGAUAUUAUUACUGCUGAAUUGCAGCCCCCCACGACACUUGGCAGUGGCAACAAGGCAGCCAACGAUGAACCACCGCAUCCCACCAUCUUGGAUUCUCUCGAUGUCACAUCCACUAGUGAGCUGCUGCCUCCCAGCAACCCUGGCAGUUGCGACACUAAUAUUGAUGUCUUGCACAGUGACGAUAUUAUUACUGCUGAACUGCAGCCCCCCACGACACUGGGCAGUGGCAACAAGGCUGCCAAUGAUGAACCACCGCAUCCCACCAUCUUGGAUGCUCUCGAUGCCACAUCCACUCCUGACCUGAUUCUGCCCACCGCCUUGGGCACUGGCAAUACUAUUCCUGCUGAGUCACUGCCACCCACCACUUCAGGCAAGUUCUACAACGCUGCCAAUAAUGAAGUAUUGAAUCCCACCAUCUUCCAGGAUGGUGUCACCACCGCUGAAUCAUCUUCAUUGCUCCAUGCAGCUGAUGUUGCACCAUCAGCCCUACAGGGUGCGAUUCUCACAGGCCCUCCCCCAAAGCAGGCGUUCCCUAAGAUUUCCAAAAAGAAAAGUCCAUCUGAUCAGCUGGUGUACCUUGAAGGCCCUCCACCUUUUCCCGCUUUUGCAAAUAAAAUGUAA